AUGUCCACUGCAUCAUCCAUAGACGCUUUCGCUAAAGUCCCUUUGGCUCCACCAGAUUCCAUUUUCAAGCUCACCGCUGCGUUUAAGCAGGACACCAACCCUAACAAGGUCAACUUGGGUGUGGGCGCUUACAGAGACGAUACUGGGAAGCCUUGGAUCCUUCCAUCGGUCAAGAAAGUAAAGGCUGACUACCUCAGCAACGAAAACAUCGAUCACGAGUACCUCCCUAUCCUCGGUCUCCCUGAAUACACUUCGGCUGCUGCUAAGCUCAUCCUUGGUGAUAACUCGGCUGCGAUCUCCGAAAAACGCGUAGUUUCCGCACAAACUAUUUCUGGCACUGGCGCAAACCACAGCGCUGGCGCUUUCUUAUCCAAGCACUAUGACUUUGCUGCCUUUGGCAUUAAGAAACAAAUCUACGUCUCCUCACCAACUUGGGCGAACCACCACUCAAUCUUCUCAAACGUCGGUCUCGAGCCUGUUAACUACCCAUACUACGACAAGAAUACCAUUGGCUUGGACUUUGAUGGCUUGAUGAAGGCCCUCAACGAGGCACCAAAGGGUAGCAUCUGGUUAUUGCACGCAUGUGCUCAUAACCCAACUGGUGUCGACCCAACAGCUGAGCAGUGGAAGCAGAUCGCUGACGUAUUCGCCCAGCGUCAACUCUUUGCCUUCUUCGACUGUGCGUACCAAGGAUUCGCUUCUGGUGACCUCAACAAAGACGCGGCAGCAGUCAGACACUUUGUUGACAAGCAAAUCCCAUUACUCAUAUGUCAAUCUUUCGCAAAGAACGCUGGUUUGUACGGUGAACGUACUGGUGCUCUCCACUUUAUCGGCAAGGACGCUGACGAGACUGAGAGAUUACGCACACAAUACUCUGUAUUCCAGAGAGCUGAAAUUUCCAACCCACCAGCAUUCGGUGCCAGAUUAGUAUCCUCACUUCUCAAUGAGCCAACCAACUUCAACCAAUGGGAGGCAGAUAUCAAGACUAUGGCAAGCAGAAUCAUCAAAAUGCGUGAGGUUCUCUAUGACCAGCUUAACAACCAACUCAAGACGCCAUCACCAAACGGCAAUGGAUGGGGCCAUAUCACAUCGCAGAUUGGUAUGUUCUCAUUCACUGGACUGAAUGCAGAGCAGUGCCAAAAGUUGAUUGACAAGCACCACAUCUACCUCACUGCCAAUGGACGUAUCUCUAUGGCGGGUCUUAACUCCUCCAACGUCGAGUACGUCGCCAAGUCGAUUGACGAUGUCAUCAAGAAUUGA